AACAGAUUUUGCAGCAAUACUCUUGUCAAAUAAAAUAUAUUUUUAUGGUGGAUGGAAUUCAUCUGUUUUAAAUGACUUUUUUUAUAUCGAUUUGAGUCAAUCAUUCGAUGCUUCCAAUCCGCCAUUUCAAUUCAAUUUCACAUUGACGCAGAAAGGAGGUUAUAGUGCGAUUACUUAUGAAGAUGAAAUGAUUAUUUUUGGCGGAUAUGAUACGGUCGGAAAUAUUAAUGAUCUCGUUAUAAUCAAAGAAGUACCUUCUAAUUUUAUCAGAACGAUUACAAGCACAAGUAGUUCAAAUCCUAACUCAUGGCCAUCUCAGAGAAAAUGGUCAACUGCAGUUAUCGAUUUUACGAAAGCAAAAAUGUACGUUUGGGGAGGUUCUGAAACUGUCAAUCCUAAUAACGCUAUUAAUGAUGGAGCAAUAUACAUACUUGAUGUAUUAAACUAUUCCUGGAGUAUCAAUACAGUGCCAACUCAGCCAAUAGGUCGUCAACGCAAUACAGCGACAUUGAUUCCUGAUGGAAAUAUAAUUAUGAUUGGAGGAAUUUUUAAUCCCGAUAUUGCACAGCUCGACAUUUACAAUACGAUAACUGGUCAAUGGUCACAGAAGAUAGCUACGAUAAUUGGAUCAGUUUCUGCUCGAUGGGGUCAUACAGCCACCCUUGCAACUAAUAAUCAAAGCAUAAUAAUGUUCGGAGGCAUAUCCAAUUCAUCUGAAACGAUAGAUGGAAUCGCGGUUUUAAAUCUUACUAAUUAUAUUUGGACGCUCAUUACGCCUUCUGGUAAUUCACCAUCUGAAACACCGAACUCACAUACGGCAACACUUUAUGACGAUUAUAUAUUCUUCGCAUUCGGUAACCCACGAGCGUUAAAUCCAAAUCCAAACAUAACGAACACAACGAGCACAACGGGUGCAUCGAACGUAUCUAACAACUUGAACAUCGGAAUUAUCGUAGGGUCAGUUGUUGGAUGUGUUGUAGGUGUUGCAUUAUUGGUUACUAUUGGUUAUUUAAUUUAUUAUAAUAAUAAAUUGAAAAAAGAAAUAAGGGCCGGAAACGUUCAUGUUUCUGCUAACGAGGUAGUUGAUAAUAGAAUAAAUGUCAAUAGAGUAGCUAAUAAUGAGAGUGCUAAUAAUGAGGUUGUUUUUG